AUGUCGGUGGCGCUAUUGGCGCCAUAUCUUGCACUCGACUUUCCCCUGGCUGUCAAGGCUGGAACAGCGCAGAACAGCGGGCAGGCUCGCAGGGCGGCGGUGAAGUGCCACCAAUUCGGCGAAGUGCCCGACGAGGAGUGGGGACCGGGAAAGCUUGAGUUCGGCAGUGCAGCACGGGAUCUAGGAGACGAGACGCCGCUACACUGGCAUCGCGGCGUUGAGAGCUCAUGA